AUGGUGGACAUGGGCGGCCUGGACAACCUGAUCGCCAACACGGCCUACCUCCAGGCCCGCAAGCCGUGCGACGGGGACAGCAAGGAAAUGCAGAAGCGGCGGCGCAGCCUGGCCCUGCCGGGCCGGGACCACUGCACCACCCUGCGCCAGGCGCUGCCCUCCGACUUCGACAGCCUGUGCGAGCGACAGCCCAUCGGCCGCCGCCUCUUCCACGAGUUCCUGGCCACCGUGCCCGCCUACCAGCAGGCCGCCGACUUCCUGGGCGAGGUGUCCACCUGGGAGCUGGCCGAGGAGGGUGAGCCCAAGGAGAGCAGGCUGCGGGCCCUGCUGGCCGACUGCUCGCGGGCUGGGGCCCCGGAGGGCCCGCUGCCCUUCCUGAGCGCCAAGCUGGCGGGCCAGAGCAGCACCGCCCCUGCUGUGGAGGGCCCCGCCAUGGUGGCCCUGGCCAAGGCCGAGACGCUGGCCUUCCUCCGCAAUAAGCCUUUUCAGGCCUUCCAGGCCAGUCCUUUCUUCGACCAAUUCCUGCAGUGGAAGGUCUUCGAACAGCAGCCCGUGACCGACAAGUAUUUCUACGAGUUCCGCGUGUUGGGAAAGGGGGGCUUCGGGGAGGUCUGUGCCAUCCAGGUGAAGAACACGGGCAAGAUGUACGCCUGCAAGAAGCUGGACAAAAAGCGCCUGAAGAAGAAGAGCGGGGAGAAGAUGGCCCUGCUGGAGAAGGAGAUCCUGGAGAAGGUGAAUAGCCCCUUCAUCGUCACGCUGGCCUACGCCUACCAGAGUAAGACCCAUCUGUGCCUGGUCAUGAGCCUGAUGACCGGCGGGGACCUCAAGUACCACAUCUACCACGUUGGGGAGCCGGGCCUGGAGCCGGCCCGCGUCCUCUUCUACUCGGCCCAGAUCGCCUGCGGCAUCUUGCACCUGCACUCCAUCCGCAUCGUCUACCGGGACAUGAAGCCCGAAAACGUGCUCCUGGACGACCGCGGAAACUGUAGGCUGUCGGACCUGGGGCUGGCCGUGCAGAUCAGAGAUGGCCAGACCGUCAUGCAGAGGGCCGGGACCAAUGGCUACAUGGCUCCUGAGAUUUUGAGGGAAGAGGAGAGCUAUUCCUACCCCGUGGACUGGUUCGCCAUGGGCUGCAGCAUCUACGAGAUGGUGGCCGGGAGAACGCCAUUCAAGGACUUCAAAGAGAAGAUCAGCAAAGAGGAGCUCAAGAAAAGGACCUUGGAAGACGAGGUCAAAUUCAACCACCCCGGCUUCACCGAGGAAGCGAAGGACAUCUGCGGACUCUUCCUGGCGAAAAAACCAGAGCAGCGACUUGGGAGCAGAUGUCCGGACGAUGACCCCAGGAAGCACGCGUUUUUCAGGACAAUCAACUUCUCCCGCCUGGAGGCAGGCCUGGUGGAGCCGCCGUUCGUGCCCAACCCGUCCGUGGUGUACGCCAAAGACGUGGCUGACAUUGCCGACUUCUCGGAAAUUCGGGGGAUUGAAUUUGACGACGAAGACAAGAAGUUCUUCCAGAAGUUUGCCACCGGUGCGGUCCCCGUAGCCUGGCAGGAGGAGAUCAUUGAGACAGGGCUCUUCGAGGAGCUGAGUAACCCCAGCAGGGCUGCCAGCUGUGCCAACGGGGAUGGGGCACGAUCUGGGGUGUGUGCAUUGCUGUGA